AUGCAUGGAAUAGGAGCAAUCCGAGGCUGGUUAGAGGUCAACUCGCCGCACAAAUGGCUUCGCUGGCAUCCAUACCAGGAGUCAUAUGGCAUUUGGGGAAACCAAGAAGCUCGCCUUGAGCUUGUGUCCUUCUUCGACCGAUAUUUGAAGAGGAUUGAGAAUGGCUGGGAGUCGACCACUCACGUGCGAAUGGCAAUCCUGAAAUAUGGAGCAACGGCGCUGUUAGAGAAUUUGGUUUAUGACGACUUUCCACUUCCUCGCACCGUAUACAAAAAAACUUACCUCACUGCCAACGGUGGAUUGACACUUGACAAAGUCCCUCAGUCAAGUGCCAUCUCAUACAGGUCUACAGAUCCAAAAGGAUAUCGCGAAAUUCACUUAUGGCUUCACCGAGCGUGCGCAGCUAGUUGGUAUACCAAAGGCAAGUUUGUACAUAAUGAUUUGGAUGACAUGGAUAUAUUCCUCAAUCUGAGCAAGACAUCUGCUUCAGUAGAUCAACUUCUGAAGCUCAAUAUUCCCCGGGACAACCUUCAUGUCUCAAAGAUCUCCGAGAUCCCGGCGGAUAAGCGUACAGAGGUCAUUCUUUACCAGUGCCCACAGGAAUACUCCGGGCUUCAAACCGCGCCAUCGAUACAUCUCGCUCCAUACAUAUCAACUGCCCAUUUUGCAGUAAUGAGAAGGAAGAAAGGUCCAACCUAG